GGUGGAUUAAAGAGUUGAUUUAACCAUAUAAUUUUUAACCCUUGGAAUCGAAAUCAUUAUUUUAGUUUAUUUUGGAUGUGAAAAUGAAGAAGACAAUAUACCUGAUCGCUCUGUCAAUCAUCAUAACAGUAGCAAAUGCGAAUCUAGCAUCGUCAUGUAGGUACAAGAGAAAUAGAAACCAUAGGCUAAUUGCUCAUUGUGAAAAUCGGGGAUUUACAUCUGUGCCAAGGAAUCUCAGACGUGAUAUCUACGAGUUAGUUCUUUCAAAUAACUCAAUACACAUGCUGAAAAACAAUUCAUUCAUAAAUUGUUCGAAAAUGGAAAGUCUUAUUUUAACCAGAAAUAAUAUAUCAGUAAUUCACGGGGAUGCUUUUGCUGGACUAAAUUCGUUAAAAAUUUUGAAGGUAAAUGAUAAUUUGAUUAACAUCACAAUCAUUCCAAAGGGUAUAUUCAGACAUCUUAGUAAUUUAACUGUUCUAGAUAUCAGUCGAAAUAAAAAGCCAUUGCAUUUGAUAAUACCUUUUAUUUAUCCCGAUGUCACACUUUCUACACUGAACCGGUUACAAAAUCUGUCAAUGGAUCUAUUCAUGUUUCCUGUAUUUCGGUCAGGAUUCACUGCACUUCAAGACCUUAACGUGUUGAACUUUGAUACUUGUUAUUUGUAUAACAUUAGUGGAUUUAAGCUUUUGAACUCAACAUUUUUAAACUUCACUCCAAACCUGAAAGAACUUUACAUCAGCGGUUGUCGCCACUUUUUUCUAAUGGAAAAUGGACUGUUGGAAUAUUUUCCUAACUUGAAAAUUUUAGAUCUGUCCGAAUCGUAUAUUCAUUUGUAUCAAGCGUUGCGCAUUCUUCAUCCAUUUCAGAAUAAGAACAUGUCCGUUAUAAAUUUUCACCAUAUAAGUGAUAACAAAAUCAAUGAAAACGAUUUUCCGUACUCUGUUAUCAUUACAGAAGAAUUAAUGAAAUAUCUAAGAACUAUUUGCAUUGAAGCAUUGGAUUUAUCCAAAGCUGGAAUAGUGGAUUACCAGCAAAAUUCUUUGUUUUCGUUCAAACAUCCGGAAUGUUUCAAAACAUUCAUUAUAUCAGCUAAUAGAUUACCUGCAACAACAUUAGAUCAUUACAUGCAAGUAGUUAAGUUUUUCAAAAGCGCAAUCAACAUUAAAGUGUACGAUUUUUCUUAUCUUACUGUAGAUUAUAUCCAUCCAGUGUAUUUGAACGUGUACCAUCCGGGAGUUUUAGAUCAUUUUCCAGAAAUAACUAAAACAAUUCAAAUUCCUCUGCAUAUUAAUUUCUCAAUUCCAUCGUCGAUAGAAUUUCUUAGAUUUACGCAUAUACAAAUAGCUUUUACAUCAGCGUCUUUCACAUGUACCAACACAUCGCUAAAAUAUCUCGAUGUGUCAUUUGGUGUUUACCAAAAUUAUCCUGAUUUUACAGACGACUGUGGAAAGCAAAUGGAAUAUUUGGACAUUUCUGGAAUUCCAGUAACAAUCAUAACAUUUCCAUCAGUAUUCAUGCCAAAACUUUCAAUACUUAAAGUGACGAAUGCACGCAUAGACCAAAUUAUACUAAAAGGUAAACAAUGGAUGGCUUUCAGAGCUCCGAAUUUGAGAAAAAUAGACAUAUCUUUUAAUAAUCUUUGGACUUUGGAGGAAACAACAUUUUUAGAUCAGCCAAACAUAACGCAUUUAAAUAUGUCAAACAACCUUUUCAGGACCAUUCCUACUUUGAUUACCAAGCUACAAAAGUUGAAAUCUUUAGAUCUUUCCAAUAAUUUGAUCAGUUCUAUUGAUGAAACCAUAAGGUGUAGUCUGGAUAAAAUGAUGAUUUCAAAUCGGAGACUCGUCCUAAAUUUGAAUAACAACGCUUUGAUCUGCUCGUGUGACACUCUAGACUUUCUUCUGUGGUUUGCAAAAACAAAAGUAACAUUUAAGAACGGAAACACUUAUAACUGUACAAUGUCAAAAGGCAAGCAAGCCGUAUUAAGGGAGGUAAUACAAAAUACGGAGAAGUACUUCUCGGACUGCAAAGCUACUUUAUGGCUCCACGUUGGAAUAAUAUUGGUUGCUAGUGCCUUUGGUAUUUUCAUACCUCUUUCUCUUCUUUAUAACUAUAGAUGGAAAAUAAUUCUUUACAUGUACAGAAAAGUCAGGCAUGUUGUUGAAAAAAAUUUACAUGAAAACUAUAUGUACGACGCAUAUGUUUCUUAUGAAGACAGAAGCGUAGCGUGGAUACAAAAGUUUCUUCUUCCGAAAAUUGAAGAAGAAUGGGGACUUAAAGUCUGUUUACAUGAUCGAGAUCUUCUUCCUGGGGAUCUUAUUGCAGAUGCAAAAGCAGAAUCAAUUCAGCAAAGUAGACAUGUUGUAUUCAUCAUUACUGAACAUUUUACCGAAGGAAAGUGGGGAAGAUUCGAAAUAGAAAGAGCAAAGUACGAAAAGUAUACUACAAACUUUAGAAAAAUAAUUGUUAUUUUACAAAAUAUUCAAAUCAAGGAUAUUCCAGACGAAAUAAUUAACAUUUCAAAUGAUGUAUGCUUUAUUGAAUUGUCGUUGGACGAAAACGAAGCUGGUGACAAUACAGAUUAUCAAAGCAAAUGGCUUAGACUUAAGGCUCUUCUUUAUUUAAAUUAGAAAUAUAUAAAAUAUCUACAAUAAUAUCCAUACUGCGCCUCAAAGUGAAGAACACAAAGAUAAUAUAUAUUAAAACAUCUCUGUGCAUUAAACUAACCAUGCUGUUGAGAUGAACAGAAACUUAAGAAUAAACAUAUUGAAACUAUGGUAAUUUACAGAUUUAAAUUAUAGUUUAUACGAUAAAUAAUUCCUACCUACGUCAGGUGAGAUAUUUAUAGCAUACAAAUUGAGAGAACAUAGGUAUGUUUAGAAAUUACUGAGAGAACUGAGAUAUUUUAAGAAGAUUUUUUAGCCAAUCAGAUAGGAGAUAUAAGUAAAGUAUUAAUAAGCUCGUUUUAAGCUGCCAGUUCAUCGUAGCAGAUUUUAAUUUUGUUUCCCACCCGCCCCCACCUUUACCUCUUUAAAAAUGUAUACACGUAUAUAAUGAAUUAAAUAUUGGGGCUACUUACUAUUGGUCAUGUUAAUUUCGGGGAAAUUAUUUUUAACCCCCAAGUCAAUUAUACAUCAGUAUAGUAAAUAUUCUUAAUUAUCAGUUCCAAUUAUUAAGUUAUCUUAUAAGUAAGCAUGGGAUUAUUUUGCAUAUCGUGCUGCUGGUAUCCACCGCAGCCGACACCCGCUGCUGGUAUCCACCGCAGCCGAAACCCCGCUGCUGGUAUCCACCGCAGCCGAAAACCCGCUGCUGGUAUCCACCGCAGCCGACACAAUGUUGCAGGUAUCCACCGCAUCCUAUAGGUAAUAGUUUAUUUUUAGAAUAAUGUUUCAAAUUGUUUAGAUUAGGUAGAUUUUUUAUAAAGUGAGUAGCCCCCGAGAAAGCCAAAACAUAGAUACAUUUAUUGUUUGCUAUAUUGUUAUAUUUUUAUAUGUUGUCAUGUAGUUUUAGCAAUUAUAUAAUGGAAGUAGUAUAGCUUGUUUUUUAUUAGUCUAGAUAA